GUCACGUAUUUAAGCGAGCGGCGCGAGUUUUUGUGAAGAUGAGCCGUUUCCUUGUUCUCCGUCAACAGUUUGUGCACAUCGUUUUCACACCAGACUUGUGGAGUCAAAGAUGAGUUUCGGCUCCAAAGUGAGACUCAGCCAAGCCAAGUCCAACGAAAACGCCAAAAGUUUUUCCUCUCAAGCUGCAAAGUCCGCAAUGAGUUCUUCGAGGCCGACGCUGCAGGUCCUCCAGCCCUUGGCGGUCAACAGAGAUUUGGGCUUGCCCACUAAGGCGGGAAAGGGCACCAUCCCCAAACGUAAACAGUGGCUUGCUGAGCAAAGCAGAGGCUUGAAAAAGGCGAAGGUGGAAGUGAAGUCAACGCAGACCGAAGAGGUUUCCACUUGGAACGAGGGCCCGUCCAAUGAAGCCUACCAGCUUAUGGUCCAAGAAACUCCUCCUCCUGCUUACUGGAAAGAUGUGGCGGAAGAGCGUCGCAAGGCUUUGUUCAAUGUUCUACAGGAGAAUGAGAAGCUGCACAAAGACAUCGAGGCCAAAGACGAGCAGAUCGCCCGGUUGAAGAGCGACAACGAAGAACUGCGCGAGCUGGCCGACCACGUGGAGUACAUGGCUGACAUGAUCACGAGGCUGACUGGGAAGGGACCAGACAACCUGGAAGAAAUGAGGGGCCUUGCGCUGGAUGAGUAUGACGAAGCUGAGGAACAAGAGGAAGCUGAAGAGGAGGAAGAUGCGACUGAUGAAGCUGUAGAGGAGGAAGAUGAUGACGGUGCAGAAAAGGAGGAAGAUGCGACUGAUGAAGCUGUAGAGGAGGAGGAAGAUGAUGACGGUGCAGAAAAGGAGGAAGAUGCGACUGAUGAAGCUGUAGAGGAGGAGGAAGAUGAUGACGGUGCAGAAAAGGAGGAAGAAGCGACUGAUGAAGCUGUAGAGGAGGAAGAUGACGACGGUGCAGAAAAGGAGGAAGUUGCAAAUAAUGAAGCUGAAGAUUGUUGUCCGAGUGAAGCAGAGGAACAAACAUCAGACCACAACGAAGAGCAGCGGGAAUAACUGCAAUGGAAGUCGUUCCAAAGUGACUCCUGAAAGUAACUUAUACAUUUUCUUUUAAAUUGGAAGUGUUUAAACUUGUUCCGCAACAGUAAGAGCAGUGUCCUUGAACGCGUCCUCAGUCGCCUUGCUCAUGUUACGACAGAAAGCAAAUGAUCGGAUGCUGCUUGUCUUUACAAACGUGAGGACUUGUUCCACAUUUGUUUUCAUUUCCUGACAGAUGCUUGAAUUUUUUUUUUUGUUUGUUGCCUGUGAAACUGUACAUUGUAUUUUAAAAUAAAAUUUUUACACAAUAUGUCUUAAACUGUUUCAUCUGUACCAGUAGUCGCCAACCUUGCUGAAAGUGCGACUUUCUGGGGACUGAUGAAUGCCGCCAGUUGGAUAAACAAAAUGAGGGUUCCUACACUUAAAUUCCAUACUGUUUUGAGACUCUAAUUUCCAGACUCCUGUAGAAAAUAAAGUUGACAUUUGAGUAACUGUGCAUCACUUUGAUGAUAUGGCCAAAUAAUUUCCAGUAGAUUGUAGCAAAGUAAUGUAGCUCAUGCAAAU